GUCAUGGCUUCUUAGCUGUGGCGUGAUUACCCACGCCGGCUCCCUCCGCCCGCGAGGCCGGCGGCCCCCGCGGCUCCGGGCGGACCUGGCGCCUGGGUGUGACUGAACGGAGCCCCUGCUGGGAGCGGUGCCCGCAGGUACCUGAAUGUUGCCUUUCUGUCUGAAGCUCCUGGAACUUUUGUCUUAUUGAGAUAGAACUUGGCUGAAAUCACAUUGCACAUAUAUUGUACACAAGUGCUUAGCCCAAGCCCAGAAUUUCUAGAAUCCUCUAGUUAGACAAAUUCAAACUACAGUGGGAGUUCUGUCUAGGAAGAUGCAGCCUCUGAACAAGUUGAUGGCUAUCUCAAAACCUCAAAGGCUGAUUCUACAUGAACGAAGUGAGGCCCUGAGAGCAGAUGCGUCCUGGCCACAGGAAUCCAUCCCCAUCAUGGAAACAUACGACUCUGAGGCCUCUCGUCAAAAGUUCAGACAUUUCCAGUAUCUGGCAGUGUCUGGGCCUCAUGAAGCCCUGUGCCAACUCUGGGACCUCUGUCUUCAGUGGCUGAGACCAGAGGUUCAUACAAAGCAGCAGAUCCUAGAGCUGUUGGUGUUAGAACAAUUUCUGACAAUUCUCCCUGAAGACAUCAGGACUUGGGUGAAUUUACAACAUCCAAAGAACAGCAAAGAAGUGGUGACCCUCAUAGAGGAUGUGAUUGAAAUGCUUAAAGUUGAAGAGAUAGCCUGCAAGGAUUCUGUCCUGCUCCAGAAGGGCAGCAUCAAAGGGAAAAUGGAAGCUGACUCGCUAACUGGCCAUUCCCAGGAACCAGUAACAUUCAAAGAUGUGAUUGUGGAAUUCAGCGAGGAAGAGUGGGGACUACUGGACCCUGCUGUAAAGACCCUGUACAGGGAUGUGAUGCUGGAGAACUAUAGGAACCUGAACUCGUUGCAUCAAGAACAACUACUUUCCAAGCCGGUUGAGAUCUCCAAGCUGGAGAGUAAGGAGAGAAGAUGGACAGUAGAGCAAAAAACCCCAAGCACAUCUGUUUUGGACAGAGAGAUAAUUUCAGAAAACCAAGAUUCAGUUCCAAAGCAGAGAAUUUCUGGAAAAGAAUCAUCUUCUGGAGUGAUUAUGACAAGACUGACCAAAAGUGGAUCCCCUUCUUUAGAUGCUUGGAUGAGCGAUGAUUGGUUAUAUAGGAAUCAGGAACACUGGGACAUAAAUUUACCAGAAGAAGCUUUAGUUCAUAAGACAGUCUACACUGAGGUGGGAAACUUUGAAGGUAGUGAGAAUAAGAAAAUCUUAGAUGUUGAGACAGUUAAUUCAGUUUUGGGUAUGCAACAAGGAAUUCCAGUGAGAAAGGGGUCCUCAAAAUGUGGUAAGUUUAAAACUAAUUUCAAAUUUAAUUUAGACUCAGGUAAGCAAUAUUCAGAAUAUAAUGAAUGUGGAAAUGCCUUGAGCCUGAGUAUAGAUAUUCAACAGCCAAAAAGUCAUACCUUGGUGAAUUCCUAUGAAUGCUAUCAGUGUGGGAGAGCCUUCAGCCGGAGUUCAUCCCUCAUUCGACAUCAGAUCAUUCACACAGGAGAGAAACCCUAUAAAUGUAGUGAAUGUGGGAGAUUCUUCAACAGACGUACAAACCUUACUAAGCAUCAAAAAAUUCAUACUGAAGCAAAGGUCUGUGAAGGUAAUAAAUAUAGAAAAGCUUUCAGUGAGAGUGAAGACAGUAAUAAAAAUUCAAGACUUCAUUCUAGAGAUAAUCCCUAUGAAUGUGUUAACUGUGGGAAAUCCUUCAGCCGGAGCUCCUCCCUUAUUCGACAUCAAAUGAUUCAUACAGGAGAGAAACCGUUCAAAUGUAAGGAAUGUGAGAAAACCUUCAACAGGAGUUCAAACCUUAAAAAACACCAAAAAAUUCAUAGUCAAGAGAAGUCUUCUAAAAGGAAGAAACACAGGAUUACCUACAUCAAUGAAUUUAUAGUAGAGGGAAUCCUGUGAAUAGAUUAAAUGCAAGAAAACAUUCGUCAGGGAUUCUUCUUUAAUUGAUAUAACAGAAUUAGUGCUGGAGAGAAAUCUGUUAUUGGGUAGGAAUCUGCUCCCAAGUGAAGCCACAAGGUUUGGAGUUAAAUGUAUCACACACAGUACAAGUCUUUGCCUGUCAUCAUUCUGAUACCCAUUGCCAUCAUCAUUCCUAGUUCAUAAAUGGGACCUAUGGCAUCCUUAUAUUCACAUGAUUUAUUGAAGUAGAUAUUAGGGAGGAGCCAAGCAAUACCCUUGGAAUUGAUACUUAAUAAAACUGAAACUUUCAGUCCUAAGAAGGACAUGAGAAACCAGGAGCUCACGAGAAUAUAGGAAGACUGUACUUCUAAGGACUGAACUCUCUGAAUUAAUGGCAGAGACCACAAGAAUGGCAAAUUACUCCAUGAUAAUAUCCUUGGCUGUCUUGGUGCUGAGUGGGGACUAGAAUUGGAGGAGGAUUAUCAACUGCAGUGGCAAGUGGAGUCUACAUAUAGUCGUCAAAUCUGCGUUUUUGAAAGUACUCUUUGGGAUGCAGGCUGGAGCAACAUCCAUUGUCUUGGGUCUAUCAUUUAUUCCAAAAAUUAAGAGGUCAAUAAAGUGUCU